AUGUCUGCUUGUCAACCAUCAGAAACUCCAAUGGAAGAAGGAGUGAAAUUAGAAGUUGAAACAGAACAAGUGCCCGUUGAUAAAGGGCGCUAUCAGAGAUUGGUGGGAAAAUUGAUGUAUUUGACACAUACAAGGCCUGAUACAUCAUAUGCAUUGAGUACCGUCAGUCAGUUCAUGCAUAAUCCAGGGGAGAAGCAUAUGCAGGUAGUUAUGAAGAUCAUCAGCUAUCUUAAGGCAGCCCCUGGAAAAGGAAUCUUGUUUCAAAGAAAUGAGAACUUCCUAAAGGUUGAAGGAUAUACUGAUGCUGAAUGGACAGGAAAUAUAUGUGACCGAAGGUCUACAUCAGGGUACUUCACAUUUGUAGGGGGGAACUUGGUUACUUGGAGGAGUAAGAAGCAAAAUGUGGUAUCCCGAUCAAGCGCAGAAGUAGAAUAUCAAGGAAUGGCAAUCGGUAUCCAAGAGUUAUUAUGGUUGAAAUUACUACUGACAAAUCUAAGUUUCUCUCCAAAAGAACCUAUGAUGCUAUACUGUGAUAACAAAGCAUCAUGCCAUAUCGUACAUAAUCCAGUUCAGCAUGAUAGGACAAAGCAUGUUCAUCAAAGAAAAGUUAGAAGAGAAAGUUAUUUCCGUCCCUCAUGUAUGCUCGGAAGAUCAGCUGGCUGA